CUCCGGCUACCCUCCAUACCCUUGCACAUCCUCGCCGCCCGCCGCCACUGCACCCCUAGCAGCAGCCGCCAUGGCGCCGACGGCCGACUCCGUCGACCUCAAGGGUCAAAAGAAGGCCAAGAAAUCCAAUUCCAAAGAUGAGAGAAAGCACCGGAAGGAUAAGCAUGAGCGUCCCGCCGCGGACGAAGCGUCUCCCCGCAACGAGGCCAAACGCAAGCACAAGGGCGGGCAGGAGGGCAAGGAGCACGGCAAGAAGCCCAAGAAGGAGAAGAAGGCUGGGGCUGAGGCCGAGGCUAUGGGGGCGGAGGUGAAGCGGGGAGACGAGAAGAUGAAGCGGGCGAUGGAGGACGAGCGAUUCGCGGCGGCGCGGACCGACCCGAGGUUCAGGCCGAUGCGGCGGAAGGAGGCCAAAGUCGCCCUGGACUCGAGGUUCAACGGCAUGCUGACCAACCCGAUGUUCGCUUCGUCGGAGGCGCCGGUGGACAAGCGCGGCAGGCGCCGCAAGAAGGGCGCCAAGGAGAACCCCAUGCUGCAUUACUAUCUCAAACAAGAGGAGGGGGAUGAAAAGGAGAAAGACAAGGAGAAAGUGAAGCUGGUCCAAGAAGAUGAUGACGAUGAGGUGGAAGAAGAGGAUGAGCAAGUUGAAGAGAGUUCUAGUAGCGAUGACGAAGAGGAGGAGGAGGAGGAGGAGGAGGACGAUGACGAGUGCUCUGUCGGCAGUGACAUUGCUCAUUACUUGAUGGCGAGGCAUGAUGAUACACCUAUGAUUGAUAAGGAAACUCAUAGGCUUGCUGUUGUUAACAUGGACUGGGAUCACAUUAAGGCGGUGGACUUGUAUAUGGUGAUGACAUCUUGCAUCCCAAAAGGUGGACGAGUUCUAUCAGUCUCAAUAUAUCCGUCAGAAUUUGGACUGAAGUGCAUGAACAUUGAGACAACUCAAGGCCCGUCUACUCUUCUUGGUAUCCAUGGUGAUAAUGAUGGUGAUGGUGGGGAAGAUGACAAUGAUAAUGGCAAUGACAGUGACAGUGACGAAGAGGAUGACGAAGAAGAUCGUGAGCAUGACUCUGAAGAUGACAAUGAUAAUGACAAUGACGGUGAUGAAGACGAUGACAAUGACAGUGUUGAAGACGGCGACGAAGAAGAUGAGCAUGACUCUGAUUCUGAGAACAACAAGCUGCGUACUUAUGAGCUAAACAGACUGAGGUACUACUAUGCAGUUGUGGUGUGUGAUUCCAGUACAACUGCAAAUCACCUAUACACCACUCUUGAUGGUACCGAGUUCUUGAAAACAGCAAAUGUGUUCGAUUUGCAGUUUAUUUCGGACUCUAUGGAGUUCAAACAUCCUGCUCGCGAUGUGGCUACAGAGGCACCUCCGAAUUACAAGGAGCCUGAUUUUGAGACUCGUGCUUUGCAACAUAGCAAAGUUAAGCUCACAUGGGAUGAUGAUGAGCCAGAGCGUAAGAAGAAACUGAGGCGGAAGUUCAACGAUGAACAGUUAGAUGACCUUGGUGUAUUUUUAGCGAGUGAUAGUGAGUCAGAUGACGAUGUAGAUGAUUCUGGUGACGAGCCUCGACCAAAUGGAGUAGCGAAAAGGAAGUUAACAAAUAAGGAACGGUUGGCUCUUUUACUAGAAGGAGAUAAAUCGGAUGAGGAACAAACUGAUGACCAGGACAUGGAGAUAACAUUCAACACGGAACUUGAGGACCUUAGCAAACGUAUCCUUGAGAGGAAGAGCAGCGAGAAGAAGACUGUCUGGGAGAUGCACCAAGAAAAAAUGAAGGAAAAGCGGAAAGCUAGGAAGAGGUCGUCGAAGGAUGAUGAUGAUGAAGAUGGUGCUGAUGAAGAUGAUGAUUUCUUUGAGGAUGAAAAGUCUGAUGAAGACGUUAAGCCAAUGAAGAAGCAGAAGGUGAAGGCCAAAGGUAAAGAAAAAGGGAAAGGAAAGGACAAGCUCCCAGAGGAACAUUUCGAACCAGAAGCAACUAAAGAAGAGUUGGAGCUCUUGGUUGCUGAUCAGGAUGCAGGCAAUGGUGCAAAGGGCUUUAACAUAAAACGCAAGAGUAAAAAGGGCAAGAAGGGCAAGGAUUCUGUCGAGGACAAACAUCCUCAUAUUGAUCUUAGCAAUGACAAGAGGUUUGAUCCCAUGUUCACGUCUCAUCUGUUUGCGCUGGAUCCUACUGAUCCCCAGUACAAGAGGAGUGCCGACUUCAAACGAAAGCAAGCUGGGAAGAAGGGCGUGCAUGCAGUUACAUUGGAUAGUGAACCACCUGUGGAGGAGUCAUCUCCGGGGAGUACAUUGCCACCUGAUGAUGCAUCGACUAGGAACAUCAAGCAGAAACAUGCUGGGGCGUCCACGGAGAAGCUACAAAUGUUAUCUGCUGUUAAGUCUCUCAAAAGGAACCUUACAGCGUUCAAGAAAGGAAGCAGCACGAGUGAACGAUAGAGAAGAUGAUGGUCUUGGCCUGAUAUACUCCUAUGACUUUCCUGAUGAAAAUGCCUCUGAAGCCUGCAGAAUAGUUUGAAGGUUUGAUGAUAUGCCAUUUUUGGACUUUGAUAGAACAAUGGUCCAGCUGGACAAAAAAUCCCUGUUAGGCUAGAUAAAUAUACCCCGAAGAUUUCCUCAGCCGUUCAUGUGCAACGGGCAUGUUUGCAAGGGUUGUGUUUACUGGCUGUUACGGUAUUCAACUAUAUUGAAUGUUGGCUUUUUGUUAAAAAGAUUAUUUAUCUUGUGGCA